UGGCGCUUCGCGUUUACUUACCGGGAGCCGGGUGGCUGCGUGCGCCGCUCGCAGGAGUUUUCAGCGAGAGGGAAACAUGUCUGGUCGCGGAAAGCAGGGCGGCAAAGUGCGGGCAAAGGCCAAAUCUCGGUCCUCCCGCGCGGGCCUCCAGUUCCCGGUCGGCCGAGUGCACCGCCUGCUGCGCAAAGGGAACUACGCGGAGCGAGUAGGCGCCGGCGCGCCCGUCUACCUGGCGGCGGUGUUGGAGUACCUGACGGCCGAGAUCCUGGAGCUGGCGGGCAACGCCGCCCGCGACAACAAGAAGACGCGCAUCAUCCCGCGCCACCUGCAGCUCGCCAUCCGCAACGACGAGGAGCUCAACAAGCUGCUGGGGAAGGUCACCAUUGCUCAGGGCGGCGUCCUGCCCAACAUCCAGGCCGUGCUGCUGCCCAAGAAGACGGAGAGUCAGAAGGCGAAGAGCAAGUGAUCCUGAGGCCGCCCCGGGGGAGCUGGCUUCCCCGGCAGAGGCUCUUUUCAUAGCCGCCCGCAUUAUUUUUCAAUACACUCGGUGUCCCGGAAGGCUGGCGCGAUUUAGUGGGGAGGUGGGUGGCAAGGGGCCCGCCAAGUCCAGGGCCAAUAAAGUCGAUGGAAAUCGUG